GACGCUCUGCCCUGUAUGGAAUACGACGGAGCAGCUGAGACAUGGCUUAGGAGCCCGCCCACAAAAUCCAACUGGCUCGCACUGUUCAGGGCCCCAGUGUUGUUGUUGCUCGCUGUGUAUUAGGAGACGGAGCAGUCUGUGUACACGCUGCUAUAGCACAGCUCGGUAGUUAAUUUAACAGUAAAGGAAGCUGAUUAGCUUAGUAAGAGAUUGGAAGCGUUUACAAACAUUUUAAUAUCGUAGCUUGCUCUUGCAAUACACUCCGUUUUUCUUUUGUUUGUUCUAUCUAUCGUAACACAGUUUUUUUUAUACUUUAUGUCAGAAAUAAGUAAGUUUUUUGUAAAAAGAAAAAUAUAUUUCUGUGUGUGAAAAUCUCUGAGUAACAGCAUGUCUGCAAACUGCCAGCAAAGGAAGAGCUGCCCUAUUCCGACCCGAGUUGUUCAUGUGAAAGACUGGACCCAGCUCCCGGACCGCUACAGCUCAACGCCGGGAGGAACCCUGUUCUCCACCACGCCAGGAGGGACCAGGAUCAUUUACGAGCGCAAGUUCCUCCUGGAGUGCCGGAACUCUCCGCUCGCUCGAACUCCCCCCUGCUGCCUUCCGCAGAUCCCAGGGGUGACUGUGCCGCAGCACCCGCCCCUGUCCAAGCUGGAGGAGCUGAAAGAGGAGGAGCCCGACAAGGACCUGCCAGCUGACGAAAGUGACCAGUUUGAAAUGGACAUGUGAAGAGCCAGCCAGCCAGCAGCGAAGGAAGCAUUUCCUCUUGUUUUUAAAGGUUUAUUCUGGUGUCUCAAGCAAAUCUUUUUAUUUUUGAUGCUCCAAGCGGAGCAGGACUGUUCCCGAGGGAGUAACCAUGUUUAACGCAGUCAUUUUGUAUCAGUUACUUUAACUUUUUUUUUUAAACAAAAUAUGUGUUUGAUACAUUCAAGUUUACAAAAACACACAGCGUUCACGCUAGUCUUUAAUUGAAGCGUACUGGCUUUGUAAAUCUUUAAAACAGUCAAGGGUGGGGAUGCUGGUGUUUAUAGCUCCUGUUGUGAAGUGAAGCCACUAGAGUUUUGUUUGUGUGCAGUAAGUUGCUGCUGAGCGUCUGGGAGCUUGGUGCUGCCAUGCAGCAGUUUAAUAAAAGACUGAAACAUC